AUAUCCAUCUCUAGAUUCUUCUUUUUCUUAGAUAUAACAGAUAUUCAAAUGGCUUCAACUUCAAUAACUUGUUCACUAGCCUCAAUAUCAUCAUCCACCAAACAAACAUCAGCAACAACUCAUGUAGGUUCAUCAUCAUUCAUGGUCUGCCCGUGCCCGGGUGGUCCGAAGAAGAUGAAACCCUUGACAGUGGUGGCUGCAGCCGGAGAAUUAUCUUCAAACAGCACCACCUAUCUAGUUGCCGGCGCAGCCUUGGUGGCUCUUGUGGGAACUGCCUUUCCUAUCUUUUUUUCUCGCAAGGACACUUGCCCUGAGUGCGACGGAGCAGGGUUUGUCCGACGAUCCGGCGUGGCUUUGAGGGCUAAUGCAGCUCGGAAGGACCAGACACAGAUCGUGUGUGCUAAUUGCAAUGGGCUCGGAAAGCUCAAUCAAGUUGACAAGCGUAGCUAACUAGUUCCACUAAUCAUGUAUUAUUAAAUAUAUUCUUAUUUUCUAAUCCUACCUACAUUUCAGAAUAUUAUAUACUUUGAGCUAAUUAAUAUAUAUAUAUAUAUAUAUAUAUAUUAAUUAUUGCAAGAAAUAUUUAAAUUAAGAAAUUCCAUCGAAUUGUCACUGCA